GCCGUACCAGCUGGCUGAUUUACCAUCUCCAUCAGUCAUUUGUUGAGUCUCAUCAACGACGGUAGACAUGUUCACGAUUCUAGUGCUGUUGGCCCUGGUGGCCUUUCUGUGGUUAGUGUACCAUCGCAGGAUGGCACGGGUUGCGAAGAUCGCCGCUCACUUCCCCCAUCCGAAACCGGUGCUACCGCUGUUGGGUAACGCAUGGAUGUUUGCCAACAAAGAUGCAGCGGCCAUCUUCCACACCGUUCUGGAUCUGCACAAACAGUGCGGUCCGGAUCUGGUUACGUACGGGUUGUUCGGGGACGUCCAGUUGCAUGUGUCCAGCCCGAAGGCUAUCGAGCGGAUUCUGCUAUCGAAGGUCACCAAGAAGAACUAUAUCUACGAGUAUCUGGAACCGUGGUUGGGUAGCGGUCUGUUGCUAUCGUUUGGUGAGAAGUGGUUCCAGCGGCGCAAGAUCAUCACACCAACGUUUCAUUUUAAGAUUCUGGAGCAAUUUUUGGAGGUGUUCAAUGAAGAAACUGAUCGUUUGGUGACGAAGCUGGAGCAGCAUAUUGGAGAAGAGGAGUUCGAUAUGUACCAGUAUAUUACGUUACAUGCGCUAGACAGCAUUUGCGAAACUUCCAUGGGCGUAUCGAUCAACGCUCUGGACAACCCAGACAACGCCUACGUCCAAGCCAUCAAGGACUUCGGAAGCAUCGUCAUCCAACGAACCUUCUCCGCGUUGCGAUCAUUCCCUCUGCUCUAUUUUCUACAUCCGUUCUAUUGGCGCCAGCGAAAACUCAUCAAAACCAUGCACGACUUCACCAACUCCGUGAUCAAAGCAAAACGUCAAGCUCUAAAGAAGAAGCAAGCCACUGGCACUGACGGUACCGCGUCCAGAGUGGUACUAUCCGACGAUGACGGAGUAUACGGAAAGAAACGGUUGAGCUUCCUGGACUUGCUGAUGAAUGAGACCUCUAUGAGCGACGCGGACAUCCGGGAGGAAGUUGACACGUUCAUGUUCGAAGGACACGAUACGACCACCUCAGGGAUUUUCUUCUCGUUAAUGGCUUUGGCCAUGCACCAGGAUAUUCAGAAACGGCUGUAUGAGGAGAUCGGAAGCGUGCUGGAAACGGAGGAGGAGCGACAUGGUCCGCUUACGAAUGGGACGUUGCAGCGAAUGAAGUACCUGGAUAUGGUGAUCAAGGAGGUUCUGCGGGUUUACCCAUCGGUGCCGAUCAUUGGACGGGAGCUGCUGGAAGAUGUUGAAAUUGAUGGAUGCCAAGUACCCAGAGGAACCGCCAUUGUUGUGAUCCUGUAUAACGUCCAUCGUAACGCGGUGGUAUUUCCCGACCCAGAACGAUUCGAUCCUGAACGAUUUUCUGACGAUGCCCCUGGGACCAGGGGACCGUACGAUUACAUUCCGUUCAGUGUAGGAGCUAGGAAUUGCAUCGGUCAAAAGUACGCACUGCUGGAGAUGAAAGUAACGCUGGUAAAGUUGCUCUUGGCGUACAAGUUUUCGCCGGGAAAGACAACGGACUCGAUUUGCAUUCAGGGCGAUUUGGUGUUGCGUCCUUCCGGGAAUAUGGGGCUGAGAAUUGAGAGACGGUGAAGAUGAAGAGAAAAAAUUGUUCCACAACUGGAGCGUG